GUCUGUGACAUAGUGGAGUACGACCAGAGGGGCUUGACUAUGAGCUCCUGGGACAGCUCCACCGAGACGUACAACCUUCUGGGCUCCAACUUCGAGCUCUCGGUUGUCAUGACAACGGAGGUGGGGCACGACGCUUUCCACGACGUUGCGAAGUACGUUCACAUGUUUGUUCUUCAGAAUAUUGAUAUCAAUUUUGAGGAAGGAUGUUGUUGGGGCUUCGUCUUUCCUGGUGAUCGGGAAUAUUCGCUCGGAUACAGGUGGUUGAUAACCCACCAAGCAUGGAAUCGACUUCAGCAUGCGCUCCACGGCAAUGGACCAGACCUUGGGGCAAAGGUUGCGCUGCGUAAAAGAUUGGCGAAGUUGGCCAACACUCCCGCAAUGAUGGCAUCUCGGGUCAUGACAGUGCUCGAGAUGAAAGAUAUGCCUCAGGCUCAGAAGACCUACGAUCACCUCAGGAACGUGAGUAAAGAGCGAAUGGCAGAAAUUUCACGGAUGGAGGCGGACAAAAUCUUUCCAGAGAUCACCAAGUGGUUAAAGGAGAGGCCGAUUGGUUCGACACCUCCAGCAGCGGAUAAGGAACCCAAGAAGAAGAAACUCAAAAAGAAGAAGACUACCACAGCCACUACUCCGCCGAGCUGGCAGCUGAUGACCAAGCUCGAUGACGCGGACUGGUCGCUACCCACCACGCGUGGACUACCUCAGCAGUAUGACGACAUGAAGCGGAUCCAUCUGGUUACCGUGAGUGAGAUGUCGCAGUUGGUUGCAGAUAAAGACUUCUGGAACAAA